AUGACGCUCCAAUUUACCUGUGAAACAAAACCCGGAAACACAGCGAAGCAGAAGCAUAGUGAUGAAGAUGAGAAGGAUUUCAUCGAGGAUGAAGAAGUCGAGGAGCUUUUCCAGCAGCACAGGCCUGUAGGAAUCGGAGAAGAGGACCACCGGGUGUUUAUCGUUCAUCCUGAUGUGAAAUGGGGACAGAAAAAGCAAUACCUGACCACAGCUGAUCUGCAGAUGGCUGAGGCUGUAGGUCUUGUCAGCACCUUGCAGAACUGGAGCGUCAUGGAUAAGAUCAUCCUCUCCACCAAAACACCAGAAAAGAAAACAAUCUUCGGGAAGGGAAAUUUUCAGAUGCUCACAGAGAGAAUCAGAGAAACCCCCGGCGUCUCUGCGGUGUUCAUGAACGUCGAGCGCCUCUCCGCCGUGUCAGAGAAAGAGCUUCAGGACGCCUGGGGGCUGAAGGUGUUCGACAGAUACUCGCUGGUUCUGCAUAUUUUUCGCCGGAAUGCAAGAACUAAGGAGGCAAAACUCCAGAUCUCGCUGGCGGAGAUUCCACUGCUCAGGUCUCGACUGAAGAACGAAGUAGGGAACUUGGAUCAGCAGGGUGGAGGUUCGAGGUACAUCAUGGGCUCGGGUGAAACUCUGUAUGAAGUGCAGCAGAGGCUGCUGAAAGAGCAAGAGCUGAAGAUCCGCUCAGUUCUCGAGAGACUGAGGAAGAAGAGACACAUGCUCCGAACACAGCGCAAACACAAAGACUUCCCCAUCGUCUCGGUCAUGGGCUACACCAACUGUGGUAAGACGACGCUAAUCAAAGCUCUGACAGGUGACGUCGCUCUCCAGCCGAAAGAUCAGCUCUUUGCCACCCUGGACGUAACGAUCCACGGCGGUCGUCUCCCCAGUCACAUGACCGUGCUGUACGUGGACACCAUCGGCUUCCUGUCUCAGCUGCCGCACCAACUCAUCGACUCGUUUUCAGCCACGCUGGAGGACGUCGCACAUUCCGAUCUCAUUGUUCACGUGAGGGACAUCAGCCAUCCAGAGACGGUGAAUCAAAAAGUCAACGUUCUUAAUGUGUUAAAGAAUCUCCAGAUCCCAGAAAGGCUCAUGAACUCCAUCAUAGAGGUGCACAACAAGAUCGACCUUGUCCAAGGGUACGAGUCACCUGACCCCGAGGCCGUCCCGAUAUCAGCGCUGAACGAGCUGGGCCUGGACGAGUUGAAGCAGAGAGUUGAAGAAUCCGUCAUGAAGUCCACCGGGAAACAAACCAUGAUUCUGAAAGUGGAUCUCAACAGCCCUCAGUUAGGGUGGCUGUAUAAGGAAGCCACCGUUCAGGAAGUGCACGACGGAGAUGACGACUGUUCUGCCGAAGUCAAGGUCGUGAUUGGAGCUGCAGCAUACGGACGCUAUAGGAAGCUGUUCCAGGUCACGUAGCGUAGCGUCACGUCACACACCUGAGGCGUGUCUCUGUCCUCUUAACUCUGUAAACAUUGACUGAUAAAAGCAUUUCGGAAACCACAUGUAACCACAAUUUCACAUGUAUUGUAUAAAACAAAGCAAAUAAAAGUGUAUAAAAGUAA